AUGUGCAGACGAGCAGACAGAGAGUACAGCAAUAAUGACAGGUUGUGCAGCUGUCAUUUCAAAGAUGGGAAGAAAGAAUUUGGACCUACCAUUUUUGCAUAUAGCAAAAAUGUUGGGUAUUUUCCAGAGGUGUACACACCUAAAAGAAAGAAAGUGGACAGUGUAUCCUCCAUUUCCCACCAGAUGCCAAGUGAUUCAGCUUCAGGGUCAGAUGUUGGACAUAAUCCCGCUCUGGAUCACAAUUACUGUGACCAUCAUGAUGACACACAAGAUCAUUCACAUGAGGUGUCCAUCUUAAAGAAUCAGAUCGCAAGUCUCCAAGAAGAAAUUGAAAAUAUGAAAAUACAAACACCCAAAAUGUCAAUCAAAGAUAUAAUAAAUGACACUGAGAAGAUGUUGCUCUACACCUCAUUCCCAGCUGAUGUGUUUCAAGUUGUUGUCAGUAUGCUCUACAGAAUGGCACCGUUUAACUAUUACUCUGGUUGGGCUGUGACCUGUUUUUCCAUUGAGGACCAAUUGUUAAUAACAUUAAUGAAGCUGCGGCUUAAUUAUCGUGACUUGGACUUGUCGGUACGAUUUGCAACAAGCAGGGCAACUGUGUCAAAUAUCAUUAACACUUAUGUUUCAGUCUUGCAUGAAAUCUUCUUUGACAGCAUUCUUAAGGAAAAAGGUAUUCCAAGUCAGAUUAAGUGCAAAGGAUCAAUGCCCAAGUCCUUUGAAGAGUUCGCGUCAGCUCGAAUAGCUAUGGAUGCUACCGAGAUUAUUCAAGAUGUGCCAUCUGACAUGAACUCACAGUCCUUGUCUUACAGUAGUUAUAAGAGCAGACAUACUGUCAAGGCAGUUACAUGUGUUUCACCCAAUGGUGCACUUGUGUUCUCAUCUGACUUGUACCCUGGUUCAACUUCAGAUGCAGCCAUCGUUGAUCACUGUGGAGUGUUGCAGCAGCUAAAAGCCGGAGAUCUCAUAUUAGCCGAUAAAGGUUUCAACAUCUACGACAAACUUCCUUCUGGUGUCUCCUUGAAUAUUCCACCAUUUCUUUCACAAAAAGCACACUUCACCAAAGAGGAGGCAGCAUUAUGCUACAAGAUAGGAAAAGCCAGGAUUCAUGUCGAGAGAGCAAAUGAGCGCAUCAAAAACUAUGAGAAUCUUAAUCACAUUCCAGCUCAGUAUCGACACAUGUCUACUAAAAUAUUUCAGUUAUGCUGUUGUCUCAUGUAA